AAGCAAAUGCGCAUGUGUAGGAAAAUGUUCUAAUAUAAACUGGAACAAACUUUCUGCACCAUUUCCAUAAUUAUAUAGCUAGCUAGCUGACUGUACUGGCUGACAUACUACUCCUGCUCAUUCUUUGCUAGUGCAAUGGCUGAACAAACAAGCUCAGAGGCAUUCACUCUGCUAUCCUGGAACAUCGAUGGUUUGGAUAAAAGAGACACCAUUAGGCGAGCUCAAGCAGUGUGCAAGCUCAUAUCGUCACGACGACCGCAUGCAGUGUUCCUGCAAGAAGUUGUCCCAUCCACGGAAAUGGAGAUUCUCAAGUCAUUAGGUGCCGAUUACGACUAUUACUCUGCUCCAGGAGCUGGUGAGAGAUACGGCUACUAUGUCGCCAUCUUGGUACUUAAAACUAAAGGACUGCUUUUUAGAGAUAACAUGAUGUGUAUUGACCUGCCGGAAACAGUCAUGGGACGGCAUGUUCUUUUUUGUACUGUGGUGUUCGGUGGAGUUGAAAUCAAUUUACUCACAUCUCAUUUGGAGAGUAUGAAAGAUUACGGAGGGCCAAGAAAAGCUCAGCUUUCUAAAGUGUUUGAAAUUAUUUCUGAAAACCCGACUUGGAUAUUUGGAGGAGAUUUGAACAUUCGUGACCAUGAAGUGAAAUCGGUCGGUUUGCCAGCUGACACAGUGGAUGUGUGGGAGGCCUGUGGUUCAAUUGAGGAUGAGAAGUUCACCUGGGAUGUAUCCAAGAACGACAAUCUCCAAUGGACCUAUCCAAACAAACCAAAGUGCCGAUUUGACCGUGUCUAUCUGCACUCAAAGGAUGGUGGUGUGAGAGCCAAGGGUUUUGGUUUGGUGGGCAAAGAGAGACUUGAAGAUUGUGGUCGUUUCCCUAGCGACCACUGGGGAUUAUGGAUGGAAUUGAGUGUUGAUAGGUCAUGAUGUAGUCUGGCUUGACAAAUUAUGUGAACAUUUUCAUUCAUGUGUUUCGAUUAUUACUUCGUUGCACAUGUAUCUAUAAUUAUAUGUAUUCCUGUACAA